UUCUUCUGGGAGCUUCUCUCGCAGCGGACAGCAGGUCUCGCAUAAUGUUCCCAAAGCCUUCUUUGAAUAUCCGUCCUCAGGAAAUUGUCGCCAGACCGAACCUGCAAUGGGAGGAUGGGAUAUAUUCCUUGGAGGACAUUCUACAGAAGUACCCCCUUCCCCGUGUGGUACAGUGUGCCUAUACACUUAAUGAUGACAUAUCCAGAGAGAAUUUUGAUUUCCUUCAGCCGCUAUUGUUGUACCGGAAACAUGUGUGUAACAAGGUGACAGCAACCAGUCUCAACACUGAUCCUCAAACUGGGAACACUCAUGAGGUCGGGGACCCUCUACUCAUACCUGAAGACUACAAAGGCUGGUUUGCACUGACCCUUAAGCCACACGUCGAGCCAAUUCCUCACUACUGCCAGGUCAGGACACUGGCCUCUUCUGACUGUGACACGAUUCUGAUUGGUGGCGAACAUGAUGUCAAAGCAUUGCAGGUAUACAGAGAAGGUGAUCUUCCACAACCAAGAGUUCUCUACCCUGGCGACGUCCUCAAAGUUGGUAACGUACAUGUUACAACAACUAAAGUUAAAAAGAAAAUAUUCAUGAAAUCGGUUUCUAAAGAAGAGAAGUUCCUUCGCUGCACGGAUUAUGCUGACAGGGAGAUCCUGCUUCCCUUUGAUGCCACAGGAGUUUUCUAUCCUCUAAAGCAGAAGAGCGGAAAAACGGAAAUUCCUAUAAUGCCUGUCAAGGAUAUCAUAGCUGAUAUCAAACUCCCUUGUAUAGUCAAGUUAGUAUACGGACGUUUUCCUGUUACCCCUUGUAUAUUUACAGGGGUGAUGAAGUUGGAAGAGUGUCACAAAGAGCCAUCAGUCAUUGUGUCAUCUGUUUUCAAUCUGAAGAACAUACUUCUGGAGAUCCCAGUUACAAUUCCUUUGAUGUUCAGAGUGGCUAAGAACGACAGAUUACUUGUAGGCAGUGGCGGCUAUAAGAAUGCGUUAAGGCAGUGCCGAGAGGACAUGGAGACCUACAUGAGGAACAUCAAAGUAUCUCAGGGCGAAACUGCUCAAACCCCCAAACAAACCCAAACCACCUUUCCCUAAAGUUCCAAUUUCUGAUCACUCGAAGACCACUACUGAUUCCAUACCUCCUGAAGUGCCUAGAACUCCCAAACCUGCAUGUGUAAGGACAUAUCGUAGGCAAUCAGAAACAUCUGAGUCAUUGCCUUCAGUUGAUCUGUUUUCCACGGGGAGAUCCUCAUCUUCAUCUGAUCGUGCCUCUUCCAGACGUGAUGGUGAUUACAUACCAGUGUGGAUUGGACCACAGACGCCUACUUCGUCAGCAUCUGAACAUUCUGGGAACUCUCAUCCUCAGAUUACUAAACAAAACUCGAUAACCAUAAGCACGAGAAACGGAUACAUGACCGUGCCGAUGCAUCCCUGUGACCCUGAAGUCACGGGCAGAGAGCAGGUUAUCAAUCUUGUGGACAAGAUCAACUUAUGGCAGCGUAUGAACGCACUGGACCAGAAUGGUUUCAAUCCUGAUUCCGAGGAUAGUGCCAGUAUACAUGGAAGGAAAGACAGCUUCACCUACUCAGAAACAGGGGAACUAAAGGACUGGGGCGACACCAUGAGCCAUCGGGAAACAACAACGGGAAUUAUGCAUCAAAACAUCCAAAUUAUGAGGUAACUCAGACAGUGAAAGGAGAGGGGUAUCAGACUGGUUAAAGUUUUCAAAACAAUGGCUGAUGACCAUUUCUAGUGUUCCUCGGCAUGACGUCACAGGAAUAUUUGUAAAGGCUGCUUAAAACCAUAUUCUCUCAUCCGGAGUGUUAAAGAAGACAUUUCCGCACCUCUCUCUUUCGAACAAUGAUUUUGAAGUUAGGCAGUUGCAUUCAGAAUAUCAAAGAUCCAUCAACAAUAACAAAAUGGUAACACGCAUAAAUGAUGACCCACAUCUAACUAAAUUGACACGAUUAUAUAAGAAUAUAUUGCAUCAGAUAUAUUCCCUUGUAAUGAAGACAGAACUGCAGAACUGAACAUACACUUAUAGUUACUUAAUUCAAACAGUUUAUGGAGAUUUUUUCUAUAUGUUGAAUAUGGAGAGGAGUAAGUUGGUGUGUUGAGGGUGACAACACUUGACAUCUUUCAGAUUAGGCCACUUUUGUUAUUGCCAAAAUGAAAAAUAAACUAUAUAAAAGUCUAAUGGCAUAAAAUGUGUGCCAGAGACGGAUAUAAAAUCACAUCUACAAUAAAGUGGAGAUUUCCUGAAAAUAUACCUUUUAAAAAGUUCAGCUUCACAUACGGAACAUUGGAUCCUUGAAACGCUAAACCAAUCGUAAACCUCCUUAAGUGGCAAGAUAUUGCAGAAGAUGUCAAGUAGCAAUUGUAUGCUGAUCUUUUCAGGACUUUUGUAGUGACUUUUAAGCCUUUAGUGUUAUCUAUAUGUUGAAUAAUCAAUGAUAAGGAGUAAGUUAGUGCCCUGAGGAUAACACCACUUGGAGAAGUCCAACUGCGAUCAGGGGAUCCUGGCUCACAGUAGUAACUCUGCCCAGUGAAUACAGGCGCUCUUGACCGCUUAACGUCCGGGUGAAGACAGGGGAAUACAUGUAGUUCUAUACCCUAAAUAUUUUUGUAAAGAAUAAGGGUAUUCUAGUACCUGUUUGUAAUCACAUUUCCUGAUCUCUUCUGCCAUUCUGAAAUGACAUUUUUGUGUAUUUAAUCAUUAUUUGGUUACGACUUUCCUCAUCUAUUGAUCUUCAUAUAUGUUGGAUUUGUUGGUUGUAUCGGCAUUGGAAGAUAUUGACAAAUAAUAUUUAUAUCCCGAUUCCUUUGAAAUGACUUUACCCGAUAUAAAUAUUGCCAAGCACGAACAAACAAUAACCUUCAUGUUUAGUGCGUCAUGUCUAUUUUCUGUUCUUGGAAAUGCCCAAGACAUUAGAA